AGAAACUAAAAAGCAGCAGUAAGCAGAAGAGAAAAGUAAAACUCUGCUGCACAUCUUUUGUUUCCAUCCAAUCCGUUUCUCUCAUUCAUAUAUGUUUCUAAUCCAUAUCUAGUUUUUAUUUAGGUUUUCUGAAUCCUGAUCGGAGAAUUCGUCUAAUGAGGCCAAUUAGACUCCCGGAACCUCCGAGUCCGACCAUGGGAGUACCGGAAAUCUUCGAAACUGGCCCUAGUAGCAUUGUUAGACGCGCCGUCGUUAUUGGUAACGGUUUUUCCGGUUCUGAGAAUCAAAGCCUCGGUUUAGUUCGCGCUUUAGGCCUCUCCGAUAACCAUGUCUUAUAUAGAGUUAGUAGACCUAGAGGAGGACUGAAUGAAUGGCUACACUGGCUUCCAGUUUGGCUUCACAAGAGGUUAUAUUAUAUUGUGAGGCAACUUUACUAUUACUGGAGACGCAACAAAUUGGCAGAUUCUCAUUCCGAAAAUGGCGGCAGUAGUGUGGGUUUAUCUACGGUUUUAGAAGCUGAUUUGAAGCAUAUUGUCAAUAUGGCCCGUGAGUCUUAUGAAAAGGAUGGUCCUCUAUUGGUGGUUGCAUCCGGUAGAGAUACUAUUUCUAUGGCAAGCUCUAUAAAACGUUUGGCUUCUGAAAAUGUUUUUGUUGUUCAGAUUCAACAUCCAAGGACACAUUUGAAUAGGUUUGACCUGAUAAUCACUCCACGCCAUGAUUAUUAUCCUUUAAGUCCUCAAGCACAGGAGAAGAUUCCUCGGUUUCUUCAGAAGUGGGUAACUCCAUGUGAACCCCCUGAUGCACAUGUGGUACUGACUUUAGGAGCCUUGCAUCAAAUUGAUUUUGCUGCACUUCGUUCUGCAGCUAGUGCAUGGCAUCAUGAGUUUGCACCACUGCCAAAGCCCUUACUGGUGGUUAACAUUGGAGGACCUACAAGUUGCUGUCGCUAUGGGACUGACCUUGCAAAGCAGUUAAGUGCCAGUCUGCUUAGUGUGCUUGCUAGUUGCGGGAGUGUCAGAAUAUCUUUCUCAAAUAGGACACCUGGAAAGGUUUCCAACAUAAUAAUCAAAGAACUCGGAAAUGAUCCAAAAAUAUACAUUUGGGACGGUGAAGAGCCAAAUCCACACAUGGGACAUUUAGCUUGGGCAGACGCAUUCAUCAUUACAGCAGAUUCAGUUAGUAUGAUAAGUGAGGCAUGCAGCACAGGGAAACCUGUGUAUGUCAUGGGAUCUGAACGUUGUACAUGGAAAUUGUCUGACUUCCAUAAAUCUUUGAGAGAGCGGGGAGUGGUUCGGCCAUUUACAGGUUUAGAGGAUAUUGCUGAGAGCUGGAGCUACCCUCCCCUCAAUGACACUGCAGAAGCAGCUCGUCGGGUACAUGAAGUUCUUGCAGAACGUGGAUUGAGACUGCGGCCAUAGGAUCUGUUUAUAGUUUGUUGUUGUAAACAUAUUCUUGUAUUUUGUUUCAAAAGCAACUCAACGAAUUAGGUUUAUUCAAUAGCACAUAUAGAUAGGGACCAACAGCAAGCUUUAUUGACUACAGAGUGAUUCUUUUUCCACACAUGUUAGGCGAUUAAACACGCAAAAUAAAGGCUAGCUCGAAAUACUCUACAGUGUACCUAAAACAAACAGCUAGAUCUUGAAGUGCGGCUUGUAAUAUAGGAAGAGUUGCAGGAUUUUUGUUUUGGCUUCACUCGAAGACCUUUCUGAUUGGCAUUUUUGCAUACAAAUUCCUUCUUUAAUUAUAUUUUUGUUUUGUAA